AUGGUAGUGCAUAAAUCAUGGACAGUGCACCAAAUCUUUAUGAAUUGCAACAAACUUCCUUUCUCUUACCAUCGCAGCAUCUUCUUUUCUUCUGCGACAUCCUCAUCUUCUUUCCCAUGGAUAUCUCCUCUUCAAGUUCCAGGAUUCACCUCCUCAUCCGAGCCAUGCCCUCCCCCUACUUCUUCAAACAUCCUCGUGGAAUCCCAAAGAAAAUCCAGAUCAAUAUCUCACCAAGAUGCCAUAAACUUGAUCGACCGUGAGAGAGAUCCACAACGGGCACUGGACAUAUUCAACAUGGUAGCAAACCAAAAGGGUUUCAACCACAACAAUGCCACUUUUGCAACCGUACUUCACAAGCUUGCUCGUUCGAACAAAUUUCAGGCUGUUGAUGCUAUUCUUCAACAGAUGACCUACGAGACAUGCAAAUUCCAUGAGGGCAUCUUCCUCAUUCUCAUGAAGCAUUUUUCGAGAGCACACAUGCAUGAAAAAGUGCUCGACAUGUUCCAUUUGAUUUAUCUAAUUGUUCGUGAAAAGCCCUCUUUGAAAGCCAUUAGUACUUGUCUUAAUUGUCUGGUGGAGUCAAAUCAGAUUGGCCUUGCCAAGAAGCUUCUCUUGCAUUCAAAGAAAGUUCUAAAAUUGAGGCCCAAUACAUGCAUCUUUAAUAUCCUCGUUAAGCAUCAUUGCAAAAAUGGAGACAUCGAAUCUGCUUUUGAAGUUGUGAGAGAGAUGAAGAUGUCAAAGUGUUCUUACCCAAAUUUGAUUACUUACUCCACCCUGAUGGAUUGUCUAUGCAAAAGCGGGAGGGUCAAAGAUGCUCUCCAAUUGUUUGAGGAAAUGAUAGCCAAGGACCAGAUUGUUCCUGAUGCCUUGACUUAUAAUGUUUUGAUAAACGGGUUUUGUCAAAGUCGAAAAGUUGAUGGGGCAAGAAAGAUAAUAGAGUUUAUGAGAAAUAAUGGGUGUAAUCCCAAUGUUUACAAUUUUUCAACCUUAAUGAAUGGGAUGUGUAAAGAAGGGAGGUUGCAGGAGGCCAAAGAUGUUAUCGCGGAAAUGAAGGACCUGGGUAUGAAACUUGAUGCAGUUGGGUACACUACUCUGAUUAAUAGCUUCUGCAGAUCAGGAAGAACUGACGAGGCCUUGGAGUUGAUUAAAGAGAUGAAAAACAUUGGGUGCAAAGCUGAUGUUGUUACUUUUAACGUGCUACUUGGAGGAUUGUGCAGAGAAGGUAGGUUUCCAGAGGCGCUGCAGAUGCUUGAAAGAUUGCCUUAUGAAGGUGUUCAUCUUAACAAAGGAAGCUAUAGAAUUGUGUUAAAUAGCUUGUAUCAGAAAGAUGAACUUGAGAAGGCAACAGAGUUGUUGCUCUUGAUGCUCGAUAGAGGGUUUCUUCCACAUUAUGAAACAUCAAAUGAAUUACUCAGUUCCCUUUGUAAGAAGGGAAUGGCCUUUGACACGGUCAAGGCAUUAUUUGGAUUGGUUGAGCUGGGGUUUACACCAAAGCCUGAUCUUUGGUCCCUUUUAGUUGAAGUGAUAUGCAGGGAAAGGAAGCUAUUAGUCACAUUUGAGUUGCUGGAUGAGUUGACUGGAUGGAAAGGUAGGAUGCUCUCUUUAACAGCUGAAAUUGAUCAAUGAGAUCUCUAUGAGAAUUAGGAAUGCUGUCACGACUUCGUAGACAAAAAAGAGGACGCGUUGCUUGUUUAUCCAAUUAGAAGUCCACAAAUUCUUUAAGUGCCUCAGUUGAGUCUCUUCUCCGAGCAGCAUGCUAUGCUAUUCCCAAGUGGGUAAAGAAUAUCAUGCACCUCAAGUUUAUUCCUUAUACUAAUGGACUGAAACAGCGAGACAAGGGAUGCGUGCCAGGAGCGCCAUAGGCAAUCUAAAAAUCGUGUCGUGAUUUCUUUGGCUCUGCAAGCAGAUGGCACAGAACAAUGUGUUCCUACUGAUUGUGACGGACUGGUGAUCAGCCCACGAGUUUCUGUCUCCUGCUGGAUCAUUAAACCAUCCUUUUCUUUGAGCCUGUUGGCCUUGACUUUGGAGGAUACUUAUCCUGAUCCCUUACUUCUAGAAGCCAUGAGCAAGUCAACACUAUCGAAUCAAGUGGAGACUGUAAGAGACACAGAAAGAGUUCGCAGUAGGUUUGGUUGUGCUAUGAAAAAGCCUACUUUUCACCGCUGCUCCUUCCACAAUACCUUAUUGGUAGUCCGAAGUUCGGUGCACUACAGGCAGAAGUUUUCUCUACAGAUAAAUGCCAAUGUAUCUGUCCCAGUGUGACCAGCCCAUGCCAUCAGGUUGCCAAUCUUCUGCAUGUACGAAUUGUGGAGAGUGCAAGGAAUAGGUAGACAAUUCCCCAAGAUUGUAAUGUCACCUUGUCAUAUUUCCACCCUUUUUUUCUCCACCCCAACUCCGAAACACAGCAUUAAGUAAUUACUAUGUUGAUUUUUUUGUUGUUGUGUUGUCUAGAUUUUGACAGAGAAGCUAACUACUGUGUGUCCUAGUUUCUGAUGCAUGUUUGUCUUAAGACAUCGGAUACAAGGCUGAACAUGAAACCUUUAGCAAGUGCUUAUCUUCAUGAAGCAUUACAAGACGGUAGAUAUCCUUUUGCAUCAUUUUCCAGCACAUUCCAUAGUUGCACUUCAACAAGACCUUUUGAUUAUUCUUCAGCCAGAUUUUCAUUCUGAUGGCCGUGGCUUGAUUUUGUACGUGGGUGCUCUCGAGUGUACCCACACCGACACCCUUAGUUAUGGCGUAUCUAAGGGUGGAAGCAGGACAAUAUGCUGGAGAGACGAAGGUCCCCAGCAGCAUGAUGGACUUGACAUCGCAUUGCAGCCUCAGGUUCUGUUGAAUUUGUGCAAACACCCUUUUUGGAAAUGCUACUUUUCGUCUCUAUACUUUCACGUUUUUUUAUGCAAGAUCUGUUUAAUCAA